CUUUUUGCUGCUGCUUACAGGGUGAGAAGACGGAGCCUGCUGAAAAGUCAAAGAAAAUUAGCAGAAGUGAGAAAGAUAAACUUUGGGAGAAUCGGUCAGCAGAAGACUCUGGCCUGCUGCAACUAUCAAAAGAAACCACAUCGCUAUUCCUUAUGGGCCAUAAAUUCACAGAAAAAAUCUCCUCAUUUCUAUUUGAAUAUGACACCCCAAGGAUGGUUUUGGUGCACAACAAGAAGGUGGGCUUAACCUUCCGACUGAUCCAGCUGGUGGUCCUUUCCUAUGUCAUUGGGUGGGUAUUCCUCUACGAGAAAGGCUACCAGUCUAAGGAUGGCAUCAUAAACUCUGUCUCGGUGAAGCUCAAAGGCAUCGCAGUUACAAAUAUUAGUGGCAUGGGUCCAUACUUAUGGGAUGUGGCAGACUAUGUUUUUCCUCCUCAGGGAGACAGUUCCUUUGUGGUGAUGACUAACUUUAUUAUCACCCGUGGGCAGAAACAGGAAACAUGUCCAGGGCAUCCAGAGUCUGAGAAGUGUAACAAUGACAGUACUUGUAAUAAAGGAGAGUUUCUUCGCCGAGGUCAAGGAAUCAUGACUGGGAAGUGCGUGAAUUUUAGCCGUACACAGAAGACCUGUGAGAUAUUUGGCUGGUGCCCGGUUGAAAUUGAUGACAACAUUCCCAAUCCACCAUUGCUUCUGGACGCUGCAAAAUUUACCUUGUUUAUAAAAAACAGCAUUACUUUCCCCAGGUUUGGAGUUUCCAGACGCAAUCUUGUUGAGCGAGUUAGUGAACGCUACCUGAAAAAAUGUGUUUAUCACAAAGAUAAGGACCCUCUGUGCCCUGUGUUUAAACUUGGACAUAUGGUGGAAGACUCUGGACAGAAUUUUUCUCAAAUUGCUUUUAAGGGUGGCGUUGUUGGAAUCACCAUAAAUUGGGACUGUGACCUUGACUGGUCUCUGAAAUACUGUGUACCUGUUUACAAGUUCCAUAGGCUUUAUGAUGAAGACAGUAACGUCUCGCCAGGCUAUAAUUUCAGGUAUGGCAGAUAUUACAGAGAAAAUGGGAGAGACAUGAGGAUUCUGUACAAGGUGUUUGGCAUCCGAUUUGAUAUUUUGGUGAACGGGAAGGCAGGAAAAUUUGAUAUUAUUCCAACAAUGACUACUAUAGGUUCUGGGAUUGGUAUCUUUGGAGUGGCCUCUGUACUUUGUGAUCUGCUUCUGUUAAAUUUCCUAUCUAAUCGGGACUACUAUAAGCAGAAGAAAUUCAAGUAUGUGGAGCGGCAUUCUAUCAAUUCUGAUAAAGAAGACAUCGACAUGAGCAACUCACAAAGGAAGGAAAAGAGUUCUCUAUGAAAUUGUGGGAUUUGAUCAACCUUGUUCCCUUACACCCUGGACUUACUUCCUGAGAUCCUGUUUUUAAGAAUCGUUCAAUGCUUUCAGCACAGAAACACUGGACCCACACAAGGAAUGUGGAUUUAAAGUCACUCCGUCUGGAACACUUUACACUUCAGUUAUGUUUUUACCACAAGGUGGAAGGUGUUGCAUAUGUGUCACUUUGUAGGAUUCCAAGGGUGCAGGAAACAGAAGCUGUAUAUAAUGGUUUGUUAUCUUGUAGAUCAAAACAAAUUAUAAUGCCAGUGUCAGGCCUGGAAGCAAACCUCGAAGUCUUCUUUUGUUAGGGAUGUUAAUUGGAACCAGGAAAGCCAGGUUUUUAUCAGGUAUCUGUGAGCUGCCUCACACCUGCCAGAGGCUACUAGGCUGUGUGGUUACUUGAAACUAGGCAGCCAUUUAGAAGGGCUGUGUGGAGUUUUCUCAGAUGAAAAUGCUAAUUUCCCUUCACAUUCACUGGGACUACAAUUCCCAGAAUUUCCCAGAGAGCUACAAUAGAAGAAUCUUGCCACAUGGCCAUUUCUACAUACUUUGGCUGACAGGAUCAAACUACUAGAUGAAGUAGAAAAAUGUGGGUUAGACAGCAUCACCACCAGAUGGAUUCAUAACUGACUGACCAACCACACUCAACGUGUAGUCCUCAAUGCAACUGCAUCUACAUGGAGGGAAGUAUGCAGUGGGGUACCCCAAGGCUCUGUCUUAGACCCAGUACUAAGACGCAGUACUAAGAUGAAGAUGUUGAAGUACAAGGGGAUAGAUGGGGAACUCAUCAAAUUUGCAG